AUGCGACCCCUCUCCAGCAAUCAAGAUGGCUCGUUUGAAAGCAUUCUCAAUCGCGUACAGGUCUUUCAGGACUCGCUCGAAUUAUCGAAACUGAGCGUCGAGAACCUUCUUGCCCUUCACGAAAGACUCCUGAGCUACGCCGCCGGGUGUGUUCUUACUGAAGCGAACUCUCGAGUGAAGAUCAACCAACUCCCCGAGGAAUCGUUCCUUACCAUCUGCAAAUCAUCUCUCUGGCCUUCGGACACAUCCCUUUGCAGGCUCUACGGUACCAUUGGCGUUGACAACGACACGAUCAGAUCCCAAAUGCGAGCCCGUUUGAAGACCCUGCUCGAGCUUUCACACGUCUGCCGGUCGUGGCGUCAGGCUAUCAAGACAGCGUCCCCUCUGUGGUCGUUCCUCCAAUUCGAUUCUUCCGAGGACUGGAUUCGGCACUACUCUCUCGAGAACUCGGGUCUUGCGCCACUUUCCUUAUCAGUUAUCCCGGAUCUCUGCGACAAGGAUAUGAUCAAUGCGCGUAUGAAAGCCCGCGUCGUCAAUCUCCGGUUGGACGCGGAUUACAGGGAGACACCACGACAGACCAUUCUCGAUUGUCUCGACGUCAUCUUCCCUCUCCAUGCACCUUUCUUGAAGAGCCUCACCCUCGACUGGCCGGACGACAAACACGAACCAUACAUCAUCACCGACGCUCACUUUAGCCCACCCACUGCAUCACAACUGCAGGCUCUUUCUCUCUCUUGGAUCUACAUCUCGUUCGCACGGCCCCUCCCAUGCCUCACCCACGUUUAUAUCGCCUUCAAGUCGAAUCCCCCAUCAUUUGAAGACGUCUUCACAUUCAUCGCAUCCUCCCCAAACAUCAUUUUCCUCUUCUUCGUCCAAGCGCAAGAUAUGUGCCACGCUUCCGAAGAGGCAGCAGAAGGCAUGCCCGUCCGUGCAACCCUGGAGAAUCUGCGCACACUCCAUUUUCUCUACUGCGAUUGGGACUUCUGUUCCUACCUUUUGGACCGCAUCUCACUCCCCGCUCGCGCGCACAUUCACCUCAUCGAAUGUCCCUCUCUGCACUUGACUUUCAACAUCUCCACGCGACUCUCAAUUUUCACGGUCGCAACGCGCAUGCGGAUCAGCUUCCACUCCACCACUACCACCUUCCAGUUCGACGGACCCCCGGACUCGUUGGACUGCAUGCGCCCGGAAGGCAGACUUCAUGUCCACCAGACCACCGACGACGCUGGAAGCGAAGACGAAGACAGCGACAACGACGACAAUGACGACGAACUGGACAUCGACUCACUGCUGGACUGGGAUUCCAGCGGCUCCCCGUUCCCGUGGAUCACCGAGCUCCACGUCCGCUUCGGCGGCGAUGAGCCGCCGAAGGACCGCAAAGUCGCCGCCUUCCUCCGCCUGCUCGAGCGCACGCCCCUCCUCGAGACGCUCGUCGUCGACUUCGACGCGACGCACGGCCGCCCCGGCGCGCCCUGCUUGCCCGUCCUCGUCCCCCUCUUCGACGCGCUCACCGCGGACGGCCCGGCGGCGCGCCUGUGCCCGUUGCUGCGAGCGAUCACGGUCUCCCUCGAGUCGCGGAUCCACCCCGACAGCGAUCGCACCGUCCUCCAGGACUGGAAGACGCUGAUGGCCGACCGCACGGUGCCGCUCCGUGGGGACACCGCGCGUCCGAUAGAGGUUUUGGCGGAGUUCAUGUAUGGGGAGGGGCACCGGCUCGUGCAGACGGAGGACCCGGGACACGCCGACGAGCCACAGUGGAUAGUGGUCGAGGGGCCGUGGAACCAGGACCGGUAUGCGAACGAGGAGCAGUUCAUGUCCGAGGAGUUGAAGAGGAUCAACGAGUUCUGGGAUCUUGAUGACGAUGUGCAGGAGACUUUGUUGUGCACCUACUAG